AUGUCCUUUAUUCUCUUUCAGAGGAAAUCCAAGAUCACUGCAUCCCGCAGGUUGUUCCUGAAGACCAAACUGCUAAAGAAGGCGAGUGCUAUGCUGGUAACGGAGAAGGAGGAGAAAAAGAGAGAGAGAGAAACCACACUGAAUGAGAGAGUCCCUCCACUCCAGCUAUCUGGUCUGUCUGUGCAGGAGCUCCAGGCACUGUGCAGAGAACUCCACCAAAAGAUUGAUGUGAUUGAUGAGGAAAGAUAUGACAUAGAAGCGAAGGUGGCCAAGAAUCAGAAAGAGAUCGAAAAUCUGUCACACAAGAUCUUUGAGCUGAAGGGUAAGAUGAAGAGACCUGCCCUGAAGAGGGUAAAGAUCUCCGCCGAUGCCAUGCUGGGAGCUCUCCUGGGCUCCAGGAUGAAGGAGUCUGUGGAUUUCAAAGCCAACCUGAAGACAGUGAAGAAAGAGGAGGAAAAGAAGGAGGAGGUGACAGACUGGCGUAAGAACGUGGAGGCUAUGUCUGGCAUGGAGGGCAGGAAGAAGCUGUUUGAUGCUGCUGGUCAAUAA